UUCUCCCAGCCUCUGAAGGUGUCUGAUUCCAUGAUUUGCCUGUGAUGACUUUGAAAGCUAGGUAAAACUGUAAAAUGCAAAAGCCAUCAAUAAGAAGCAAAUUGUUACAGAGUAUCUCUUCCUUAUUUGACUGUCUCAGAACUAAAUCGAGAAAGCAGUGACAUAAACAAAUGUGCACCACCUUCCUGACUCAUGCCCUUAUUGUCUUGUUCUCCAGAGGAGUCCCGAUUCAAGUGAAGAAAAGCGUGAAUAACCCAACCUGUCCACAACUCUAAAGCUUUAUUAUUUUUAAGUCAACAAUUUUUUUCUUCCUAAAAUGCUGGAGUCUGACCUCAUUCUCUGCUUUCUUCUUGCAGUGAUGCAGUUUCUUCUUGGAAUUUCCAUGAAUGGCAUUAUUGUGGUGGUGAAUGGCAUUGACUUGAUCAAGCACAGAAAAAUGGCUCCAGUGGAUAUCCUUCUUUCCUGCCUGGCACUUUCUAGAACUUUCCUGCAGUUGUUUAUCUUCUACGUUAAUCUGGUUGUUCUCUUCUUGAUGAAAUUAAUCAUGUAUCCUGAGAGUUUUAUAAUUAUCAUGUUUAUAAACGAAUUGGAACUUUGGUUUGCCACAUGGCUUGGCGUUUUCUACUGCACCAAGGUUUCCAGCGUCCCUCACCCACUCUUCAUCUGGCUGAAGAUGAAGAUAUCCAGAUUGGUCCCGUGGAUGAUCCUGGGGUCUCUGCUAUAUGUAUCUAUCAUUUGUGUUUUCCAUAGCAAAUAUUCAGCGUUUUUUGUUCCACGCAGCCUCAUGAAAUUUUUCUCCCAAAAUGCCACAAUUCAAAUAGAAGAUAUACCUGCUGCACAGAUUUUCUCUUUUGCUGCUGAGCUCUUAGUGCCACUGCUUAUUUUCCUUGUUGCUGUUCUGCUCUUGAUUUUUUCUUUGGGGAGGCACACCUGGCAAAUGAGAAACACAGUAGCCAGCAGCAGGGUACCUGGCAGGAGUGGCCACAUCAGCGCAUGGCUGUCCAUCCUGUCCUUCCUAAUCCUCUAUGUUUCCCACUACAUGAUGAAAGCUUUUCUCUGUUCUAUAAGGUUUCACAUCAGAAGGUUCACCUUUAUGCUCUGCAUCCUUGUGAUUGGCACAUACCCUUGUGGACACUCUCUCAUCUUAAUUUUAGGAAAUCCUAAAUUGAAACAAAAUGCAAAAAAGUUCCUCCUCCACAGUAAGUGCUGCCAGUAAGAGAGAACUUUGAACGGUUCAAAAGAACCCAUGAUUCAAUCACUUACCCAUGCAGGCGACAUCUCCCUCAGCCAGACAAAGCAGCCUGUUCAUGAAUAUACAAAACCUCCCCUUCAGGCUGUUUAUCCAGCCUGAGGUAUUUUUAUAGAUUCGGUACUUUUUCAAACAGUUAAACUGAUUUUCAAAGCACAACAUAUGUUGAUGGAUUACAUCAAUGUCAGUAUCCUGGUUAUGAUUUUGUACUAUCAUCUUGCAAGUUGUUACCACUGGGGAAAAGUGAGUAAAUGGUUCGGGAGUCUUUCUGUAUGCCUUCUUGAAAAUGCAUUCAAAUCUACAAUGAUUUCAACAUGAAAUGUCUGAUGAAAAAGAAAAGCACAUGUUUGAACUUACGAUGUCAGAAGGACACAUGAAUGCUGUACGGUCCAUGUCUGUCUGAUGCCUGGUCUUAGAUGGUUUAUCCUGACCUUGAUGGGCUGACUAUUCAUGUCUGGUCUACCUGGAUAUUAUUUCUGCUCUGUUUGUUGGAGUCACAGGCAAUGGAGUCAUUUUUUCUUCACGGAUCACAAAUGAAGUGAGGACAAGCAGGCCUUCUCCAUCCUUAUAAGCAUAUUCUCCUACUUCAUCCUGCAGAGAACUUAGAUGCCUUGGUGACAGGUCCAAUCAACUGAGAAAAGGGGAGACAGAUGGAGGAGGAAGAGGAGGAGGAGGAAUGGAGGGCUGAAUGCUUGUUUUCCAUUUUCCUUAGCUAUGCACUCUGAACAGACAAUAACUUGCAAAGAUGUUUCAUUUUGUAUCUGUGUGCCUGACUUUGAGACUCUUUCAACCAAAGAUGGUAAUUUGGAACUCCUCCUGCAUUGCAUGUCCUCCCAACAAAGCAACAUCAGUAGGUGGGGGAGCUGGGAGUGUCUCCAUCUGCUUGAAGUCACAAAUGCAUUUUCUGUUUGAUUGAUGAUGUUGAAUACUAAGAUGAUAGAUGAUAGAUAGAUGAUAGAUAGAUAGAUAGAAAAUAGAUAUAGAGAUAUUAUAGCUAUAGAUAUACUUGUAUAUUUCCAAAACAGCUUCAGAACCGUUUCACUUCCAGACAAGUAAAUAAAGUAAAAAAUGUUCUUAAGCUUGGCUAUAACUUGUAGUUCAGGCGUGAUGAUGCAAAGUAGGUUGAGGUUUAGAUUUGUCAAUCACCAGUAAUAGGAACCCAAAUACAGCUUCUCUAAGCCAAGCCAUGCAGGCCUGGUUAUGAUACACCAAUGAAGGAUUUUGCUUCAGAAGAUUCGGGGAUGUACUUAUCUUCUUGGGCAUGGGAACUAAGAGCUGAGGGUACUCCCAACUUCCCACAGGUUUCACACUUCAUUCCCAAAGGAGCAAAAUAACAGUCUCCAUCUUCCUGCUAUCUCAUUUUCCCAAGUCCCACUAGGUAGGAAGGUUUGUAGCUAAUCACACACUCCGGAAGCCAGCUGUGGGAAGAUCAGUUGUAUCCUGGAUGUAAUUAUGUCUUUUGAUUUGGGGAAAGGAAAAGUCACUUUUAUUUUUCUCACAUCUCAAGUUCAGGGAAUAUCCUGUUCCUUGAAUCUGUGAUAUGAGUACCUGAAAGAGUGGGAGCAAUUUCAAACAUUCAAAGAGAAAUUUGUCAGUACACAACUCUCACUUUUUUUUUUCUGGUAUUAAAUUCUGAUUCUAUUUCAAGCAAUUCCUGAUUCAAUAAUGUUCCCUAAUUAGAUAAAUAUUAACAUAUGACUAGCAUUGUAUGCUGUUAUCAAGAAUUGUUUUAAAAAAGAAUUCAUAAUGAAACAAACUAUUCUAAAAACAUUUUCAUUGUCUACUUUCCUAGAAGUAUAUUUCUUCCAGAAACGUUGCCUAGCUGUUGAGUUGAUGAGUAUUGGGUAGGACACUAAUUGCUCAAAUUUAGAAGCAAAACAGACUGAGCCUUUGUCUCUCUGGAGCCACGCUUAUCUGCACUCUCCAGCCUUGCCAAAUUGCUUUUGUCCUCAUCGAGCAGUGGGUUGACCUCUAUCAUGGUGCAGCAUCUUUUUGUACCCACUCUUGUACUUUUAGAGAUGGGGCUGGACAUUAUGGCUCUGGGGCAUCUUGGCUGUGGAAUCACAUGCCCAUAGGUGAGGCCGGCUGACUGCUGAUUGCAGGAUGUGGUAGUGCCACACUUCCUCUACAUCCUGUGGCUUCCCAAGGAGAUUCAACACCCACUGCUCAGUUAAGUGGCUUCUGGCUGUGGCUUCCAAAUAGACUCUGCACCAGGAGGCAGACUCUCACCCAAAUGGAACCCAGCAGACUUAUUCCAUUCCACUUUAGAUCAGGAUUCAAUGAGCAGUUCUAAAUCAGGGAAGAAGGGCUAUCUUACUCUGUCCCACUCUCUAUUCUGACAUUGGUUCUUUCAAUCCCCAAUCCCAGGGGUUUUAUAAAGUCUCCACUGACUGAAGAUGAUAACAGUAACUGAGAAGGCUAAAUCUGUGUGCUGAUAGAAAUAGACUUUUAAGAAUAUAAAUGUUGGUCAGCCAUGGUGGCUCAAGUCUGUAAUCCUAGCACUUUGGGAGGUUGAGGCGGGUGGAUCACUUGAAGCCAGGAGUUUGAGACCAUCCUGGCCAACCUGUCAAAAUCCUGUCUCUAGUAAAAAUUCAAAACUUAGCCAGGCAUGAUGGUGUGUACCUGUAAUCCCAGCUACUCAGGAGACUGAGGCAGGAGAAUCACUGGAAUCUGGGAGGCAGAGAUUGCAGUGAGUUGAGAUUGCAUCACUGCACUCCAGCCUGGGUGACAGAGUGAGACUCUAUCAAAAAAAAAAAAAAAAAAAGAAUAUAACUGUUGUCAUAAUUUGAAUGUUAAACACAGUUCAAAAGUCUCACAAAUGAUAAAUGCCUUUUAAAUUCUCACUCAUCCAAAUGUGACAAUUGCUUGAAGAUACAAUGCUCCAGACCAGAAGGUGCUAGGAAGACAUCUAAUGUCUACCAUCUGUCUUCUUGAGGCUGAUGACCAGGCAUCUAAGAUGCUUCAGGCAGUUCAAAUGUUAUGCCCCAUAGUAUGUUUAAGUAAAGGCAUACUUCUCAUGCUAUGGAUAUUCUGAUUUUAGGUUUGAAAUAUAUCGUUUCCAUAACUUUUGUCCUUGUAGAGUUAUACCUGUUUAGGUGAGAGGAGAAGCAGGUAGUUAGAAAUAUGCAAGAGAGAAAGAAACCAGCCAGACCAUCGAAAUUCACAUUGGCAAUAAAAGAGAUGACAGAUGUUACAUACAGAUGGCACCCAUAAUGGAGAAAAAUCCAAAUGACGAGGUCUGGGAGACCCACAUGUUUUAAAGAAGGUCUUGCUAGUGAAGGCGUUUGGUGUUAGACUGACCAUCAUAUUAACACAAACUUGAGAUCAGUAGAAAAUUCAUUUGUUAAUAUUCUUUGUUACCUAAAAAUUGCAGACUCUCUAGGAAAACUUUAUGCCAAGAGAGGGUUAUAUACUAGGAAAAUUUCCUCAAUGACCUGAAAACAUUAAGAUUUGGGGGAGAGUCAAUACGAAUUCAAGAUAGCUCAUGGACACUUGUUUCACUGCUGUCUUUCUACACAAAACUAGUCUCUCUCUCACUCAUUAAUACAGAACCCUAUACCUUUGUAGGAUUAAAAUAGCUAUUGUUUUUAAGAUGUGAUAUAAACAUGUGGAUUCACAUCUGUGACAUCUGGAUCUACUUAAUCUUUUUGACUGGGAAUAAGGAAUUGGUAAUUGGUAUCCUUAAAUGUAAAAUGUAUUUAUAGCAAUGAAGUGUGGGUCUCCUUUUAUUAUUUUUGGCAUUUUAUAUCAUUUCUAUUUUGAACAUUUCUCCACAA